CCUGCUUGGACUUGAACAAUUUUCUUUGCUUUUCGUGUGCUUUUUCUUGGCAGCAAUAUGGGCUCCGGCAUGGUGUCUGGAAGGUUCGUGGCAUCGUCGAAGAUGCUUCCCGUCGGUGCGGGACAAAUUAUUUUGGACAAAUUCGCCGGCCGAUGUGGCAAUCACGUAGGACCGGCCCGAUUUGGAGAUUGACCUUAGCACACCCGCGCCGAAGGACCAGUCUUUGUCUAUAGAGUGUUGGACGUGGACAAGGUCCCGGACUUCGAGGGUCCAGAGGCCCGUGCCCGUGACCCCAGCCGUUCGCGUCUCACCCCCCCUGCGGCGUGCCUUGGCAAACCCUUCCGGUGUUUGGAACUGCAAGGUUCUCACCGAUGGUAGCUGUGUGCGCAGAUGUCUGCCGAAAAAUCCGGAGGGGGCAAACCCGUCCGCCGUUGGAGUCAACCGCCAUUCCAACAGUGCUGCGCGAAAGUCAACGUCGUUGCUACCAUUCAUCUUCUUCAGCAGCCCCUUCACUUGCUUGACAGCGGCUUCUGCUUGACCGUUGCUCUUUGGAUGACCGCGUCCGUGGAUAGCGAGGCCAUCCUGGCCACGAACAGAAAUCCGCUAAACCGGUUGACCAUGAUGAGCAAGGUCCUUCGCUAUAUCUCCAAAAGGUCAACCGAGACUGCCUCCAUCGGGGCCUUCCCGUCGUCAAUUCCGGACUGUAGCGGCUUGCUUGCCUGUGAUGAGGUGGAGCAGCUUGAGUAUGCGAUGUCGUGCCAGCCGUGGGACAACCAGUUGAUUGCCAAGAAGAACCAGUCCGCCUCCGUCUUCCACCCGCAAUUCGUGGACGACGUCGCUGUACUGUGACAAUGAGCGAGGGAGCAGGUGGCUUUGUUCAACGCAUCCUCUCAGUUGCAAGUACUCUUCAUCCAUGUUCUUGGAAAUAAUGGAGAACGCCGGGUCAUCCUUCAAAACUCUCACACAGAGAGUCACCUCCAAGGACGGGUCCGCCGCAAAGGUGGGGAACCUGCUCAAUGCGUCGGCGAUCAAGUGGUUUUUUCCCGCAACCCACGUAAUUGCGAACAAGUAUUGUUCAAAGUUUUUGCACAGCCUCUGAAUCCUUGCGUUCUUAAUCGACCCUAGUGGCUUCUCAAAGAUCCCCAAGAGGGAUCUGUGGUCCAUACCAAUUUUGAACUCCGGCAUUCCUCGUAGAAAGUACUUGCACCUUUUCACCGCAAACCAAAUCGCGCUCAAUUCCAGCUCAAUGGUAGCAUAGUUCUUCCCUGCAGGAGAUAAGGCGCAUGAGCCACAUUGAACGAGGCAGAUUUUCCCGCGUCCAUCCACCGACCUUUCGCGCUGGAUCAGGGCAAAGCCCAACCCGUGUAGGCGCGAAGCGUCUGUCAACAAUUGUGUGUGCAACGCCGGGUCACACAGUUGGACGACCGCUGAGGAGGUCAAUAUGUCCUUGGUCUUCUCGAACUCAACCUCAUGUUCAAGCAGCCACAGCCAGGCUGUUGAUUUCUUCAACAACUCCCUCAUCUUGACGGUGGAGUGCUGUAGGUCGGGCACAAACGCACCCAGCUGGUUUGCCAGCCCAAGAAAGGAUCGCAGGUUGGUAACGGAUUUUGGUGUGGGGAACUGCCACAAUGACUCAAGCUUCUCUGGGUCUGGCAUCAUCCCUGCCGACGACACGACGAAUCCUUUCCAGUAGCUCGAGCAAUGUCACGGCUUGCAGGCAUGU